AUGCGGCUGCACGCCUGUGAGUGGCAGGUUGAGGGCCAGGCGAGCGUGGGGGCCGUGUCCUCCGUGGGCAGCUUUGACCAGUCCGGGAGCGAGUGUGAAGUGGAGGAGAAGCUGAAGGUUAGGGCGGGGGCCCGGGAGUCGGCCACCGGCCACCGGUACAGCGGCGAGUCCUCGGAAGGGCCUGCCAGCACCUUCGACUCGGACGUGCCCCACGUCGUCCCCUGCAAGUUCGUCAUCUCUCUGGCCUUCCCAGUGACCGCGGGUCACAAAGGAAAAUGUUCAAGUUUGGUUGAAAAAUAUAGGAGACACCCUAAAAUGGACAAACCUAUUGCAAAGGUUCUCCAUUACUACCACAUCGAGUACUUCCUCCUGCCUGAUGAUGGGGAGCCUAAAAAGGUCGAUGUGGUGGUGUUUCCAGCCUUGGCCAAAGUGUUCCUGGAUUCAGGAAUAAAGACCAUCAGGCCAUGGCAAGAAGGAGACAAGGUCUGGGUGUCGUGGACCCAAAGUUUUAACAUCAACAUGACAAAGGAGUUACUAAAGAAAAUAAAUUUUCACAAAAUCACCUUGAGGCUCUGGGACACCAAGGACAAGGUUUCGAAAAAAGCCAAGCAUUAUCGAUUAAAACCUUCUGGGUUUCUGGAAGAUGCAGGAUCUUUUGGUAAGUCAGGCAUUCAUGAGGUGAAACAUUUGGUUUUAAGUCAGAGAAGAUCGUCUGAACAGGGCAUUCACGUCAAAGAGAAGCUGCACCAGGACCACGCGCCAGGGAAGCCAGAAAAAGCAAGAAAAUGCUUAAGGUCUGGACAUGGUGAGUGGAGACCCCGGCAGGGAGGGUGGUUGGUUGGUGUAGCUGGAGCGGCGCGUGUGCACUGGCGCCCGCCCCGCGUGUGCGCUGGCUGUGCUGCGCCCCUUCCCCCUCCGAAGCGGGCGCGGCUCUCCCUGCACGACUCUUCCGUCGUGGAUACUUGCCCUUUCAUUUUUGUGACUUACCAAAAAAAAAACAAACCCUUUCCUAGCCGUAGAAUGUUCUCUACGAGAACUCGUAUAGAACAGGAAGUUUGGAGGCGCUGGCUAAUAUUACUGGCUUCUCACCCAGCAGAAAAGGCAACUCUUCCCAAGACCACCGAGGAGUAUGAAGAGCUGCUCAGGACGGAAGAUCUUGACACAGUACAAUGUGGUACUUCAAGACCAGUUAUUUCUUUGGGAGGGGCCACCACGACGGAGAGGCAGGAGUUAAUUGAGAGGCCGUCAUUUAGCAGCUUAACAAACUUGUUGGAAAAGCAAAAAUUUCAAAUUAAAUGGAAGGGAUCAGACGCGAAGAGGAAAAGCCAGAGCACGAGGGAGAAAUCCCGCCUGGAGACGGACUCCAGGCUGGCAGGCCACGGGAAGCAGGGCACCUUCGCCAUGCAGCUGGCGGUGACGCCGCUCCUCGCAGGAUGGCAAACUGUCGUGAGUCGUGGCAGUGGCGGGUCGGCCAACGUCUUAGAUUGUUUUUUGACCCUAAAAACAGAAGUUCCCCUCAUGACGGAAGAGCAAAAGCGGGACUUAAACCCCCUGACCAUAGAGGUCAAGUGUGUUUCCUGCCUUCCAUCACGGUCUGUGUCCUUCAGCGAACUAGAGCGGCUGUGCACCCCCGUGUACUGCAGGUACCAGUUCCACAGGACCCCGGUGCAUAGGACUGAGGGCCAGCCCCACGGGACCCACGUCUACUUCCAGGACAUCAACGUCAUCUUCCUUGGGGCCAUGCAUCCCAGCGACCUGAGGGAAUACCUGGAGGGCCCCCCGAUGGUGGUGGAAGUUCGUGACCGGGACCGCAAGUCGGAGGGGUGCUCGCGCAAGCCCGCCCUGUUUGGGGAGGACCCGCUGGAUUCGUACCUCAACCUCCAGACCCUAAUUUCCCCGAAAGAGACGGAGAACAACCCCUUUGAAACCCAGGAUAAGAUGUGGGACCCUUACGGGGUUGCCCAGGUCAGCUUUGCCGACCUCCUCCUUGGCCACAAGUUCUUGAACCUGGUCGUCCCCGUCCACAGCUGUGAGCCCAAGGCCACGCGCCUCGGCCGAGACAGCAGGAGCAGGAAGGCGGUGGGGUUCCGGGUGCCCGGAGACGGCCUGCGGCACGGCCCGAUGCCCCCGGGCGACUACCUGGAGGCCAGCUGCCUGCUGAAGCUGCGGGUGGCCGUGGCGGUGCCGCUGCGGCCCGGGACCGAGGCCCUGGACGCCCACCCCACGGCCUCCCGGUUUGGCCGCGUCAUCUUCGUGUUCACCUCCGGUAAGCUCUCACUCCUGCACGGCCUCCUGCAGGACGUCACCGUGAUCAACGCCGGGGCCCUGGGCCUGGACUCCUGCCCCGUGGACGGCAUCCAGCAGAUCCCGUCCGCCUUGAGGAUGCGGGCGAAGAUCCAGGAGCGGCCAGACCUGGACGUGCUCACCGGCUUCCACCUGCUGGACGGGCGGGGCCACCUCCUCAUCCUGGAGGGCUUGGCCGACCGGGGCCUGAGGCGGCUGUGGGAGAGCCACCAGAGCCGGGUCCUGCGGGCAGAGCCCGGCUCCUACAAGCUGCUCUACAACUCGCAGCUGCGCUUCCGCCGCCGCCUCUACGCCGACCUGGAGACCGUCCCGUACCACGUGCACCUGUCCCAGCCGCUGGUGCAGCUGGUGAAGCACGCGGCGCUCUACGUGCGCAACAUGGUGCCGCCACAGGUCUUUCAGGCGCUGAGCAGGAUCUACUGCAUCUGCCAUUACAGCUCCAGGCUCAGGGAGGUGAUCACCGGGGGCCUGCUGCCCUCCUCCUCCAUGAUCAAGCAGCUGAGCCAGGAGUUUGGGUUGCCCAUUUCCCAGGAAGAUCUUACAGAGGGAAAACUGCUGGCUAUGUCCCCUCCUCCUGCCCCCAGUCUGGAGGACCUCCAGAGCCGGAAUUCCACCCUCACUUCUGAGAUCCAGGCCCACCAGGAGAAGUACCUGCGGCGGCGGAACACCAGGAUCCUGAAGAACAGAGACCAGAAGUACAGGCUGAUCCAGAAAAACAUCUCGGGGGCCUACCAGGUCAGCAAGAAGUCUCCCAAGUCUGUUGUGAAGGUGAUCAACAUCUCAGCCCCGGCCAAGGAUGCUGUCUAUAACUAUAGUAUCCAGACCCUGAACUCUACAGAGCUUGCAAAGAAGGAGCUGUAUCGAGAGAUGGCCAAGGAGCCGAGGAAGAGACUCACGUACUCCCGGAGCUACCUGUCAGCCACAGUGGAGCCUCAGGAUUCAGAGGAGGAGGAGAGAAAAGCCGAGAGGAAGUCCCGCGACGCCUGGCUCACACCCAACGGGUUCCGAGUGACCGGUCUUCACAGCACGGGCAGGACACAUCACCUGGGGCUGCCACCCCUCGGCGCCGUCACAGAGGAGUGGCGGGAGAAGGCACCGUUUGCUAACGUGCUGGAGCCGGUGCUGCACCGAGAGAGCUGGGGCUGGGACCGGCGCCACCAGGACUUCGAUCUGUACACGCAGCCACCGCCGUUCUUGGAGCUGCCGCCCCCUCCUGCGCCAAAGCCCGGCACAGGUAACCGGGGGCGGCACCCGUUCUGUUUUAGCAGCCAUGCUCCUGGGCUGGGAAAUCAGGAUUCGGCGGGGGCUGGUGUCAGAGCGCAGGCUGGGCUGGAACUUCUGGUUCCAGCUGGAUUCAUCACUUGUUGUGUGACGGGGGGCAGGUCCUGCCACCGCUCUGGGCUUGGUUUCUAUGAAAGGGAGGCGCUGGAAGGUAGGGCUAAGGGCUUUGAGGCUUCACACUGUGUUACCCCUGACCAGCCUCAGGAGGCUCUGGGCGCUGCUGGGCCCUUCCAGCUCCCAGACACGGCCAGUCGGGAGGGCGGGAGCCUGGCCACACCAACCCCUCCGAGUCCUCUUCAUCCCGUUUGUGAAGAGGGACCAAAAAUCAUUUAUAGGUAGAGAACCAAAUCCGUGAAUUAACAGAACCAGAAUCUUCAGGGAGAAAGAGAGGUGAGUUGAUCUGGCCACAGACCCCUGGCCCAGAAAGCUAGACUGGAUAAACGGUGGAGUGCUUUCCUUCCCUGACUGACUCCUAAGGGCCGCUGGUAACAGCUCCGUGAAACCGGAGGACGUGCUGACAAGCUGCUGAAACUGGUCUCUCCCCUCCUCUGGACUGUGCCACCUCCCUUCAGUAGAGGCCCCAGGCUCUGGGGCUGCAGGCAGGGUCCCAGGCUCAGGCUCACUGCUGUGGUCCAGCCCAGGGACACCAGGCUCGCUGCUCCGGCCCUUCCCAGCCCCAGGGCGCGCAGCUAAAGACACACGGGUGAGCACAGCUCCCCACAGCGGGGGACAAAGAGAAUCUGCUGCAGACGGGGCUCCCCGCUCCUGCGGGCUCCGCGCAGACUGCUGUCCCGGCACCAGGUGAGAAGCCGUGGCCUCUCCAUCCACGCCAGCAGAGAAGCUGGGGUGCCAUCGGGAAGACGUCCAAAGGCUCACCUUUGGAAGAUGAGCGGUCCCGAGGCCGGCAGCAGGCCUAGCCCCGCCCCCCGAGCCAGCCCAGCCCCCAGGUGGAUGACGACUCCUACUCGCAGGGGGAAAGCCUGGCCGCCUCAAGGCAACGUCUCCGAGGGACAAACCCCCGCGAGCCGACCGGAGCACGAAGCCUGGCCAGGUGAGCGCACCAGGACGGGUGUGUAGAGGCCCGUCUGUGCCGCCAGAAGAUGUCAAGCGGCAGGGGGAAGCGCCAGCUGGGAGCAGUGCCUGCUGUCCCGCGGCAGCA